AUGGAUCACCCCCCACCAGAGCAGCCUCACCCAAGGGGCCCCCGAGACUCGUCCGCCCUCUUCAACGCCAGAGUCCUAGAGAGAGUGCAAAAUGCGUUUGCGGAGGAUCCCACCGUCGACCUUAAAUCCUGGUUCCCGAUGGACUAUUCCUCACGUCUCCAAAAGCAGAAGAUAUAUGAGCAGAAGGACAAUAGUACCGUUGACAUUCCCUUUCCACUGGCACAAAGUGUGCUCCUGUUACUGGAACUUGCAGGUCACGAUGCAGACGCGGUUGUAAGCAAAAUCAAGAGGGUCAUCCAACGAGUGAAAGUACUGUGGCAGUCCGAGUUUGCACCUGAUCACGCUGUGAUCAAGUGUAACCGCCGCAUUGUCCUCAAAGUCAUCCGAGCCACGUCAGACUACACCGAGUACACGAGUAUGCGAUUUCUGCAAGAGAACCACCCCGAGGUCCCAGCCCCGAGGCCUCUUGGUGUCAUUUCAGAUUCCCGCCAUACUUACAUAUUCAUGUCAUUCAUUCCUGGAGUUAGUCUCGACAGAGUCUGGGACUACCUCAGCGAUGAGAAAAAGAUAUUCAUCAGAAGGCAGUUAGACACCAUUCUCACCAAGAUGCGGGUGCCCAUCACUCUACCUCUACCGCUGGGAGGCACGGCCGGAGAAGGUUGCAGGCACACCAGGCGUUAUACACACCGUUCCAAGACCCAGUUAUAUUCCUGUCCACAGUUUGUCGAUUUCCUGCUCUCCAACCCGCACUAUGCAUCGAAGCCUUAUGUUCGUCUGUUCCGGAAGCUCUGGAAAUCACAGGAGUCGUCCAUUGUCUUUACCCAUGGCGAUCUUCGACUAAGCAAUAUCAUGGUGCGGGCGGUAUACACUGACCCCGAAGAGAUGCCUCGCGUGAGUGGGAUCGUUGAUUGGGAGGAGAGUGGACUGUACCCGGAUUGGUGGGAAGCCGCCAAAGUGACGCGAUCUGUGACGCCUGACGAUGCGGACGAGAUGGACUGGAUUUCCUAUCUUCCUCGCAGCAUUUCUCCUCGACUCUUUCCGAUAGCAUGGUUGGCCGAACGCGCCUGGGGGACCGUGAAUGCUAUCUGA